AUGCCACCCGACUACAACGUAACGACCACCGUCAGCAGCAACCACGACAAAGUCGGAAACUCGGCAUCUUUUUGUCUUGAACCUGUUUUUGAGAUUGUAAAAACAGCGUCGACCAGCAGCACACAGCGUCAGCACCCAAAGCCACACAGCAUCGAUCAGGCUCUGAUCUCUCCGCUCUCCAUCGUCUGUCCCUUCUACCACCAUCGCAUCGCCAUUCCAUCGACGUCUUUAUCUCAAUCAACAGAAAAAUGGUCAACGUUCCCAAGACGCGCAGGACUUACUGCAAGGGCAAGCCCUGCAAGAAGCACACGUGAGUAUUCAUUUCGACCAUGGAGCGACGACAGCAGCAGUCACCGGAUCCCAUAG